AUGUUUAUUCGGAAAGUGGAGAAGCGACGUUUGAGAAUGAUCGGUACCGAGCGCAUAAAAAAAGGAUAUCUGAACAAUUAUUUUGCUGCGGUCUUCUAUCCCAUAGUCAUCUAUGUGCACUUGGCUUGCCCUGCGGCUUACACCCUAUUCGCGAAGGAUGGAAAUCCAUUAAGUGCAGUACUCGCACUUGCUGUUAUUGUAAUUGAAUCGCUCAAGAUUGUCUCAUAUGUGCAUCUCAAGUUUCCCAAAUCUCGUCGACGUCGGAAGUCUUUCCUUAUCAAGAGAUUCGUAGAGUUUGUUUUUCUGAGCUUUCUGAUUGCUUCUCUUAUACAACAAUGGAUGGUACCUACUGUACAUAACACAAUGAAACCUCUGAGCGAAAUGGAGUAUAGCCGAUGCCUUGAGCGAUUGCUAAAGCUCGCCAUACCCAAUAUGAUCAUUUGGCUGAUCGGUUUUUAUACCCUCUUCCAUUCCUUGCUCAAUUUUAUCGCGGAAGUGCUCAUGUUUGCUGACAGAGAAUUUUAUCGCGAUUUCUGGAAUUCCGAAACUAUCCAGUAUUUCUGGCGCACAUGGAACAUACCAGUACACCGUUGGGCAGCUCGUCAUGUGUACAUGCCAAUGAUGCGCAGUAAUUAUCAGUCAGUACUCACAACAGUAGCUCCAUCUUUCUUC